ACAGCCGAUAUAAUCCUUUCCGAAACGCCGCCGUUUCUUUGUAGCUUAAGCUCGCAACAAGAGGUUUCACUAGUGUGUUUCUGCAUCAAGUUUCUUCCUGUGCAAAGCAAUCACAAUGGCUAAGAGGUUCACUACACAGCUCUUCGUCAGCAGACUCUCUGGUUACACCACAGAUCAAUCGCUAAGACAGCUGUUUUCACCUUUUGGUCAUAUCAGAGAAGCUCGUCUGAUUAAGGAUUCGCAAACUCAGAGACCUAAAGGUUUCGGUUUUGUCACAUUUGAGUCUGAGGAUGAUGCUCAAAAGGCAAUGAAAGCUAUGGAUGGCAAGAUUGUUGAUGGCAGAUUGAUAUUUGUAGAGGCUGCGAAGGAUAUAGAAGCACAACCAACAAAAGUUGAAGAGAACACACAGAGUCAUUACAAAACGAGUUAAGACUCUUCACCAUAACCAUUAUACACCUGUUGCAAUUAGAAAGAGUGAAUGUAGCUUCCUGAGUUAUGGUUAGAGGUCUGAAAUUUCAUUUCAGUUGAAAAGUCUACAAUCAUUUCUCAUGUAAACCUUGUUUAGGUUAAGCAUAUUUGGACUGUGAUGUGUCUGUUUUUGAGCAACUGAACAAAAGACAGACAAACUAAAGUCAGGACGUGUGUAUCAGUGUAUGUGACUAUAUAUAAGAAGCAAAACUUUUU